AUGAAGAAUCUAGUAACAAAGAAGCAGGCAACAAGAUAUGAAUCGGUGGAUAAUCUCCACCAUUGUAUUGCAUUUUCUACACAAUCAUUAGUGCAGAAGAAGGACGACCUUGGAGCAUUCACUAUUCCAUGUGCAAUCAGGGCUCUAAAUUUUGAUAAGGCCCUAUGUGAUCUAGGGGCCAGUAUACGCCUAAUGCCAUUCGUUAUUUACAAGAAGCUGGGUAUGAGGGAUCCUACCUCGACGAAUAUGCGAUUGGUGAUGGCGGAUAAGUCUGUAAAGCGGACAGUGGGCAUAUUGCAUGAUGUACUGGUAAAGGUGGCCGACUUUAAACUGCCUGCUAAUUUUGUAGUUCUAGACUGUGAGGUGAACUUUGAAGUGACCAUCAUCCUUGGUAGACCAUUCUUUGUAACUGGGAGAGUGAUAGUGGACAUGGAGCUGAAUGAGAUGAAGUUUAGGAUCAAUGACAAAGAAGAAAGAUUCAAAAUACACUCAUCUAUGACACAGAAAAGGAGAGGAGUGUUUUCUCAAUCGUGGAUGUAUUCUAUGAAGAUGUUAAAGAGGUAUCAAUAG